AUGUCUAAACCAAUGGAUCACGUCAAACGCCCGAUGAACGCCUUCAUGGUUUGGUCCAGAGCCCAGCGCAGGAAAAUGGCUCAGGAGAACCCGAAAAUGCACAAUUCCGAGAUCAGCAAGAGAUUAGGAGCGGAGUGGAAACUUCUCACCGAGUCCGAGAAAAGGCCAUUCAUCGACGAAGCCAAACGACUGCGAGCGAUGCACAUGAAGGAGCACCCAGACUAUAAAUACAGACCGAGGCGGAAGCCCAAGACUCUGAUGAAAAAAGAUAAGUUUUCCUUCCCCGUGCCCUAUAAUCUCGGGGAGCACGACGCGCUCAAAGUUAAUGGUCUUUCCGCUGGAGCACUUUCCGAGUCCAUCAUGGGACACCACGACAAGGCAGCAGCGGCCGCGGCCGCCGCAGCAGCGAGGGUCUUCUUCAACCCGGCCAUGUCGAACCCCUACUCCUUUUUCGACCUGGGAUCCAAGAUGACAGAGCUUUCCCAGCCUUCGUUUCCGUACGGCUCUCCGCUGGGCUACCCGCCGGGCGCCUCCGCGGCUUUCACCGGGACUGGCGGUGUAGGCGGCGGGGCGCACACGCACUCGCACCCGUCCCCGGGAAACCCAGGCUACAUGAUCCCCUGUAACUGUACGGGCUGGCCCUCCGCAGGACUGCAGCCGCCCUUAGCAUACAUCCUGCUCCCCGGGAUGGGGAAACCUCAACUUGAACCAUACCCUGCAUACGCUGCAGCGUUAUGA